GUGCUCUCUCUCUCUCUCUCUCUCUCUCCCUCCCCCUUCCCCUCCUCCCUCCCCACGCGGCGCGAGCGGCUGACAGACCUGGGAGAGGAAACGGCCUUCAGAGCCGCGCUCCCGCCCAGCCCAGCCCAGCCCGGCCCCGCCCCGGGCCUCGUUAGCCGGCAGGAGCAGGGAGGAGGCGGCAGUAGCAGCAGGAGCGGCGGCGGCGGCGGUAGCGGCAGCGGCGGCGGCGGCUGGGAAGCGGUCGUGACGGCGGCGACAGCAGCAGCAGCCACAUCGGAGACGAUGGCGCGGCUGGUGGCGGUGUGCAGAGACGGGGAGGAGGAGUUCCCCUUCGAGAGGAGGCAGAUUCCCCUCUACAUAGACGACACCCUCACGAUGGUGAUGGAAUUUCCUGAUAAUGUGCUAAAUCUUGAUGGGCAUCAGAAUAACGGUGCACAACUAAAGCAGUUCAUUCAGCGACAUAGCAUGCUUAAGCAGCAAGAUCUCAAUAUUGCCAUGAUGGUGACAUCGCGUGAAGUCUUGAGUGCACUUUCUCAGCUUGUCCCAUGUGUUGGUUGUCGUCGCAGUGUGGAGCGCCUCUUUUCCCAGCUUGUAGAGUCGGGAAAUCCUGCCCUUGAGCCUCUUACUGUAGGGCCCAAGGGAGUCCUUUCUGUUACUCGAAGCUGUAUGACUGAUGCAAAGAAGCUUUAUACAUUAUUUUAUGUGCAUGGGUCCAAACUAAAUGACAUGAUAGAUGCAAUUCCAAAAAGUAAGAAGAACAAGAGAUGUCAGUUGCACUCCUUAGAUACACACAAACCAAAACCUUUGGGAGGUUGUUGGAUGGAUGUGUGGGAACUAAUGUCCCAGGAAUGCAGGGAUGAAGUAGUUUUAAUUGAUUCUAGUUGUCUUUUAGAAACAUUAGAAACCUAUCUGCGAAAACACAGGUUUUGUACUGACUGCAAAAAUAAAGUACUUCGAGCAUACAAUAUUCUUAUUGGUGAGCUUGAUUGCAGCAAAGAGAAGGGUUAUUGUGCUGCACUAUAUGAAGGCUUGCGGUGCUGUCCACAUGAACGACACAUACAUGUAUGCUGUGAAACAGAUUUCAUUGCACAUCUGUUGGGUCGAGCUGAGCCAGAGUUCGCAGGAGGGUAUGAGAGGAGGGAAAGGCAUGCUAAGACAAUAGACAUAGCCCAAGAAGAAGUUUUGACCUGCCUGGGUAUUCAUCUUUAUGAACGACUGCAUCGAAUCUGGCAAAAACUACGGGCUGAGGAGCAGACGUGGCAGAUGCUUUUCUAUCUUGGUGUUGAUGCUUUACGCAAGAGUUUUGAGAUGGCUGUGGAAAAAGUACAGGGUAUUAGCCGAUUAGAACAACUCUGUGAAGAGUUCUCAGAAGAAGAAAGAGUGCGAGAACUCAAGCAAGAAAAGAAGCGCCAAAAAAGGAAGAACAGGCGGAAAAAUAAGUGUGUAUGUGACAUUCCUGCCCCUUUGCAAACAGCAGAUGAAAAGGAAAUAAGCCAAGAAAAGGAGACAGGCUUUGUGGAAAACAGCUGCAAAGCCUGUGGCAGUACAGAAGAAGGUAACAGCUGCGUAGAAGUAAUUGUUACCAAUGAAAACACUUCAUGUACCUGUCCAAGUAGUGGCAAUCUGUUGGGAUCUCCUAAAAUAAAAAAAGGUUUAUCUCCGCACUGUAAUGGUAGUGAUUGUGGAUACUCAUCUAGCAUGGAAGGGAGUGAGACAGGUUCUCGGGAGGGCUCAGAUGUAGCCUGCACUGAAGGCAUAUGUAACCAUGAUGAACAUGGUGAUGAUUCCUGUGUUCAUCACUGUGAUGACAAAGAGGAAGACGGCGAUAGCUGUGUGGAGUGUUGGGCUAAUUCUGAAGAGAAUAACACAAAAGGAAAAAACAAAAAGAAGAAAAAGAAAAGCAAAAUGUUGAAGUGUGAUGAACAUAUCCAAAAGCUUGGAAGCUGUAUUACAGAUCCCAGUAAUCGAGAGACCUUAGGAAAUACCAUGCACACAGUGUAUCACCGUGACAAGACCAAAGAUUCGCAUGCUGAAAAUUGCUGCAGCUCCGAAAAGGGUGGGCAGCCACUGCCUUGGUUUGAACAUAGGAAAAACGUACCACAAUUUGCAGAACCUGCAGAAGCGUCACUCGGUCCUGACUCUGGAAAAGGUGCCAAGAGCUUAGUUGAACUCCUUGAUGAGUCUGAAUGCACUUCAGAUGAGGAAAUCUUUAUCUCACAAGAUGAAAUACAGUCAUUUAUGGCAAACAACCAGUCUUUCUACAGCAAUAGAGAACAGUACCGACAACAUCUGAAGGAGAAAUUUAAUAAAUACUGCCGCUUAAAUGAUCACAAGAGGCCCAUUUGUAGUGGCUGGUUGACAACGGCCGGAGCAAACUAAAAUAAAUAAAAUAGCUCUGUCUUUCAUUGAAACACUCAAGAUGACUACUGCGCCUUCUCUUUCAAAAACUCUUAAUUUAGUGACUUUUGGCAGAAUUUUAUCUUAAAUCAAUGUGAUUCUUUUCUCUUUUUUUGUUUUCGGGGACGUUGGUGGAGGUAACUUCAUUAAUUUGUUCUUUCUUCAGGCUUGUAUAUUUAGUUGAGUAGCUGUGCAAGCCUGCCUUAUAAUUUAAGCCAUCUCUUUUCAUUAAAUGUUUCUCUUACUGUGAGACUUACAAAAGCAACUUAGUGGCAAAAAGUAAUGUUGUACUUAUAAUUCUGUACAGAAAUGAUGAGCUGAAUAUAAGGUUUUACAAAGUAGACAUCCACUUGCAAAAAAAUGUUUGGAUGUAAUAUGUUAAAGCGCAAUGUGCAAAAUUUAAAAAUAAAGAAUAUUUAUUAAUA